UUCUUCGUAUGCGCGCGUUAUGUUGUUGUAUUUUGCUGAGGGCUCAAUGACCAGUUGACGCUCUCGAAAUUAAGUGCGUCUCUAAUUGCUAAGAAUGCGCAGUUUUAUUUUGUCAUCUUUCAGACCAACUUUGUCCGUUUGUCUGUCCGUCCGUUUGUAAGUGUAUUGUACUAUUUAAUGAUCUAUAUCCGUCUAGUUACUCUCUGGUUUUUGUAUGAUGCACUUCUUUUCGUCCUCGUCUCCUUCUGGAACAUUUAACGGUUGGUAAUGUUAUCGUUGUGUGGAAAUCGCUUGUAGAAAAAUAUGGGUGAAAAGUAAAUAGUACUUAGUGAGUAAAGGAAAACGUGUUCCAGUGUCGGUGAAACGGAAACAAACAGAAACUGUGUCUCUAAGAAGAACAUGUUUGUGUAGGUUUGUGAUGGUUUCGCAAGGUUGAUACUUCCGCUAAUCUGCAGAAGGUAGUAUCACAAUGCAUGAUGGGAUGAUCGGCUUAGAAGAAUGUGGGCCCGCGCCCCCGCGAGCUUCCCCUUCCUCCUUGAUACCAUCUUCGUCUACUAAUCGUACCAGGGAACGAACCGUCCAAGCCGUUGAGUAUUACAACAACCACCUGCAGCGUGCGCGUGCCAAAGCAGGCUUAACCACUUCUACCACCACCAGCACCAAUAACGCAACCACUCAUCAUCAUCAUCAUCACGCACCAUCAUCCCUGUCAACCACCAGAGCUUCGUACAACGACAGGCAUCACAUUCACCAUCACAACAUUUCGGGAAAUCAACGCAAACACGUGGUGGUUCCGGACCUUCUGUACCGUAGCAAUUCGAGCCUCGAACUUUUAGAUCAUCAUCAUCAAGGACGAUCUACCGCGUCUUCGUGUUCCUCGUCGUUAAAAAGAGAAUACGGCAGUCACGGAUCCAUCGAUGUUAUUGAAAGAGAUCGUCCUCUUCCGAUAGCGGGAAAUAGCGAUUCGUUCUUUGCUAUGCUGCAAGACUAUCGACCAACAGUUUUGAACGCCAUUGGUACCGAUCAAAGAAGCCCAGGACCUGCGGAAUAUCUUAAAGGAAAGGUUGACGCUGCUCCUGCGGCCGAGAACGCCACAAAUUCCUUGGCGGGCGACGAAACGUCUGGCAGUACGCAUCAGUUGACGCCCCAGAGCCCCAAGUUUCGCGUCAAACUAUCGAAAAUAUGGGGCUCUGGAAACGUAAACGGUGGAGGGUCGGUCAAAUUGAACAAUCAUCACUACAAUCACCAUCACAGCAACCACUAUCGGCACGCUUUCGAUGACAGCGUCGUCAACACGUCGACGAUGUCGACGUCGACGUCUUCUGCGGCCGCGAGUGCGCUCAUUGCGGAAGCGGAAGAGAUCCAAAGACGUCGUGCUUUCGUCCAUUACGAUUGUCAAUCUUUGACGACGAAUUUGAGUUAUGCGGUUCGAAUCCGGAAGAAUUUGCUCGCGAAACGUCGGAAUACGACGACGGGCGCGUCUGCCGCUUCCAUGAUCGCGCGAUCUUCGACCCCCGAGGGAGGUGGCAGUUCUUCCGCCGCCGACGAAGAGGAUUAUGGCGAUGGUAAAAGUAACGACAUGGUGGAGAGUUGUCCUUUCUUCAGGAACGAAAUAGGUGGCGAAGAGGAACGGGUAGUUAGUUUGACGCGAGUGCCUUGCUCCAGUGAUAGCAAUUAUCGGUACCAUUAUGGUGGUGGUGGUGGUGGUAGUUCGAGUGGAUCUGGUCAAAAUAAGAAGCCCCUUCACAGGCCGCCGCUGGCAUACGGUGUGGCCGUGUUGGAAUUCCCGAUCGGCGAAACCCACUGGCGACAUUCCACAUGCCCCUACCAAAGAUUACCGAGACCCAUCGAGAGCGUCGAUCAGGGUGCGCUCUAUUACAGAAGAUACUUCCUGGGUAGAGAACAUCAGAACUGGUUCGGAAUGGACGAUCAGCUGGGUCCAGUUGCAAUCUCGAUCCGACGCGAGAAGGUCCCUCACCCGGACGGUGGCUUGACGACAUCUUCAUCUCCAAUGCAGUACCAAUACAGACUGAUCAUACGAACUUCGGAAUUGCUUACACUCAGGGGAGCCAUCCUGGAGGACGCUGUGCCCAAUAUAAAACCCUCCAACGGUAAGACGAUGAACGUGAAAGAGGUAUUAGAUUAUGUGGCGCCCGAAAUUCAAAUAAGUUGCCUCCGUUUGGGAGUCCAGAGUUUGCAGACUGAGGAUCAACUGUUAAAAUUGGACGAACAGGGCCUAACAAACCACUACAAAGUGGGCGUGAUGUACUGUAGGGCCGGUCAGUCUUCCGAAGAAGAAAUGUAUAACAACGAAGAAGCCGGUCCAGCAUUCCAAGAGUUCCUGGAGUGUAUUGGAAAGAAAGUGCGACUAAAGGGUUUCGAAAAUUAUAAGGCUGGUCUUGACAAUAAAUCCGAUUCGACGGGCCUUUAUUCGGUCUACGCGCAGUAUCAAGACUGCGAGGUAAUGUUCCACGUUUCGACAAUGCUUCCUUUUACUCCAAACAAUCGCCAACAGCUUUUAAGGAAGCGUCACAUCGGCAACGAUAUUGUUACCAUAGUGUUCCAAGAACCAGGUGCCUUGCCCUUUACCCCCAAGAACAUACGAUCCCAAUUUCAACACGUAUUCAUUGUUGUAAGGGCCAUCAACCCGUGUACCGAGAAUACGCAUUAUAGUGUAGCCGUUAGCAGGUCGAAAGACGUUCAGGUUUUCGGUCCACCGAUUAAAGAUGGAGCAAUCUUCCCUAAAGGCAAAGCAUUCGCAGAAUUUCUUUUAGCUAAAGUGGUGAAUGCAGAGAACGCUGCUCAUAUGUCAGAAAAGUUUGUUACUAUGGCAACCAGAACGAGACAAGAGUACCUGAAAGAUUUGGUCACCAACUUUUCUACCACAUCUCCAGUGGAGACCGGCCAGAAAUUUUCAAUUUUUGGCAACAAAAAGAAAGAUAAAAUUCGACCUCGCUUCAUUCCCGACGCGUGUCAGAGGGGUGCCAUUUUAUGGCAAGUGAUGCUCGAUGACAACGGCCAAUCUCAGCAAAUCGAAUGUUACCUCGGCAUUUCGAGCGACACGCUCGUCUUGAUUGAGGAACAGACUCGUCAGAUAGUUUUUGUGACCCCUUGUAAAUCGAUAUUGGGAUGGUCGCCACAAACGAAUAGCCUGCGUCUCUACCAUCAUCAAGGCGAAUGCACAACCAUUCAUAUGCGUGACGGCAAUGGAGACCGAGAUGAACUCAUGGAAAUCAUGGAACGACUCAAAGCAGUGACCCAAGGUGUUGUGGUACAAGAAUUGUCUCUAAAAAGGAACAUCAUGGGUCAACUUGGAUUCCAUGUGCAACCUGAUGGGGUUGUGACGCUGGUGGAGAGCGCCGGUCAAGCCUGGCAGGCGGGGCUCAGACAAAACUCUAGGAUAGUGGAAAUUUGCAAAGUGGCCGUUUCCACGUUAACUUAUGACCAAAUGGUGGAUUUGCUGAAAACCUCACUACUCGUGACAUUGACUGUGAUACCCCCUCUACCUGAUGGAGGUGCUCGUAAGGGUUGCACCCUUCCCAAUUGCAAGUACAACGAAGGCAAUUACGAAAGUGAUUAUGAAAAUAAUGGCAAUAAUGUGGACGAUUCCACCAAAUGUAGGAAGGCAGCCCAAUUGCAGAAGGCCGUCCCUGGUAAUCAUAAGAUGAUAUACGAAAGAAGCUUCUCACCGCCUAGGUCAAGCAGCAGUUCCGGAUACGGGACCGGAAGUAGCAGUAAGUCCUUCUUGGGACACGAAUCUACAAAAUUUAACAAUCGAGAAGGCACAACGACAAGCUCUUCGAGUGGUUUUUCUGACGACCAAUGGUACGACAUCCUUCAGGAGGGUUUAGGUCUCGAUUUAGGUUCUCCACCUCCGCUACCCCUCAAACAACAAAAUAACAGGACUGUUCAACCAUCAGCCGCAGCAAAUACUUAUCCUUCUUCUCCUAAAAGAACUUACAACAACAAUAAUAAUAACAUCACCAAUAGUAAUAAUAACAUCAACACCAAUAAUAAUAACAACUCGAUGUCCCAUAUGCAGGUGUCUCAAUCUCAUAACCAUUUUGGCCCCCAACAUACUAAGGUCCAAGUGAGUCAUUCCUUACCCCUUCAACAUGCAAAUUACUCCAUUCCUCUGACAGCUGCUUUACACAACAAUACUUAUGACUAUGAUACGAGUUACAAGAUUGAUGGAAGAAACUUUUUAAAAACAGAAGAGUGUUGCAAAUAUUUGGGAAAUGAUGACCAACAACAACAACAGCAGCAUGGAAUUAGUGGUAGGCAUCAUCUGAGGGAUGACCUGGGCGAACCUAGACGUCGAGACAAUAGCAGACAUCGAGUGGGAGUUGUAAACGACAGCAAGAAUCGAGAAAUCGAAUAUGUUGUUACCAGAGCUCCUAAAGUGGCAGAGUACACAACGCUCCAACAACUGAACAACGAACUUCGAAAUAACUUGGUAAUAAACGAUAAUCACUCUACAGAUAGUUCAGUAACAAGUGACCGCUUUUACGGUCUGGCCGGAAGUGAGGAUGAACUCUCCAAUGGAAGUGGUGGAAACUCUUCUCCUAGGGUCCGUCGUGCCUCCAAACAUCACAUCAACAGCCGCAACCAGAGCCCUAGAUCCAUAAAUGGCGAAGCGAAGCUACGUCCAGGAGUGACAUCUAGAUCUUCCAAUAGGAACAGCGCCAACCUAUCGUCGAGCACGUUCCAAGAGGAAUUGAUUCGUCUAAUCGAUCCUGAUAACAUUAAGGAAUCGUCAUCGUCUGCGAAUGUUUGUGACCAGCAACCUGUCAAAUUAUCCAAAGAGACGCAGCAGGAAGUGAUAUUGACAAUGGCACGGCCUGCUACCGUUAUAUCUAAUUCAAGUACCACUUCCAGUCCUCUUCCUGUGGAGUUUAAAGGAGGGAAAGAUGAUAGACUGUCACCACGAGUAAAAGGGAAUAAAGUUUCGGGAUCAUCUACAGAUGCUCCCCUUCCUCUGCCCAACGACAUAGAAUGGUCUAGUUUGGUGGACACAGCGACGAGGGUGAUGAUGGAGGUGUCUGAGAAUAUGCCAGAUGUUGGUGAUCUCAAAGGGGCUGCGUCUACGGGUCAGUGGAGCGACGAUGGACCUAUGGAUGCUUCAAUAACGUCAAUGAUAAGUUCGAGCACUAGCGUGCCCGAAUUGCAGAACACAUUGACCGAGCUAGAGACAAGGGUUAACAUGGAAACUAGGAGACGUUUGAGUCUCGAAGACGAAGUCAAAAGGUUAAAAGAGGAAAAUCAAAAGUUGCAAGAUCAGGCGCAGUCCGCGGUCAAUCAGCUUCGAAAAUUUACCGAGUGGUUUUUCAAAAACGUCCAAAGCAAAUGAUUCAGGCUAUUUAAAACACCAAUUUAAUAUUAUAUUAUACAAUACAUAUUCGCCUAUAUAACGGUUUUAGUACGAAAGGUAUUAUUAGUAUAUUAAUGAAAGAACUAUCCAAACUUAAUCUUAAGAAAUUUUAGGAGUUUACUGUUAUUUUGUUUUUUUCUUUUGGUAACCUAUUGAGUACCCUUUUAAAAUUAUUUGAUAAUGUAUAGAGGGCGGUAAAUACAGUAAAAGGGCGAUUACAAAGCCUAAUAACUCGCUGGUUUUUGAUUAUAUAUAACAUUAGAUGAUACCAAAUUGAUCCAAACACAGUGUAUUUUUACAUAGCAGUAUGUGCUGGUGUCAGAAGAUGAACCCUUGACUUCAUUCUUUCUUUUCUGCCGAAGGGUUAUGUUGACAUGCCCCCUCUGUUGAUUGACUGACUAAACAAACCCGUUGUGUUAAUUUGAUGGAUUGACAUUGGUUCCAUUGUCCAAAUUUUUUAAGUUAUUGGUCCAGACUUUGCAUAAUUUAGUUGAUUUUGAAUUUUAAAUUGAAUUAAUUGUCAAUUACAUUGUUUGGGUCAAUUUAGUACUUAACAUUUGAUGCUGGAUAUGAUUAGAAACCAAGAAGUUGACGAGAUAUUGAAAUCGCCUAUUUAUUCUGUCUGUUACCCUCAGUAAAUUGACUUUUCGUUCUCUCUACCCUAUAUCGGUAGGUAAUUAGAAUUUUACUUGAAACGCGAAGGGUGCUAUUCAUUAUUAUUGUUAUCAUUAUUCGAUAUUAUACUGCACUAAAUUAUUUGUAUCUGAUCACUUUCUAUUUUUUUUUUUGUAAUUACAUAAUCAUUAUCUAGUACCUACUGAAAGAAAUUGAUUGAUUCAAUCAAAUAUUUAAAUUUCUUGUUCUAAUUAGUGACUUUAGUUUUAAUUUAUUUUGCUGUGCAUUGUUAUUGAAGUACAAAACUAAGAAGCAUUAUUGUUAAGAUUAAUAAAAGCUUUACGUUCGUCAGUAAAACUAUAUGCACUUGAUAGAUAGACGGUCAGUAUUCUUAAGUUCUGUUCUUCGUUUUUGCAAUUCGGACUGAUUUUGUUUGUUUAUUCAUAAAAUAAUGUAGUUACCAGUUUUGCUUUUAUUUCCGUUUCACGUUUCAGAAUUAAGUAAAUUCACAUAUUUGAAGGUAUUUUUUUUAUUAUUAAUGAAAAUUGUAUAAAGUAUUAUUUUAUUAUUUCGGAGAAGAAAAUUGUUAGUUUUGAUAUUAAAAUUUUCUUUUUUACUUGAUGUACCUAGCUGCAACACGUAUUUACUAUUAUUAUAUUUAUUUGACUUUGCUAAAUUAUUACUAAAACAAUAGAAAAUAAAAAUAAUUCUAUUGUACUUUGCUGCGCUAUAGUAUUUUAGGUUUUACCUGACAAAAAAGAUGUGCUUUUGUCACAAACUAGACCAAAUAAUAAUUAUAUUUUUUAGUUGUAGGCAUUCAACAAACAAUUCACUUUUCUUGUUAUCGAUUAUUUAACUGAUUAACAAUUAAACGAAUCAAAAGUAUUGAUUUUAAAACAACUGUAGUUAUUAAUAAAUAUAUUAUUUAUUGUCCACUUAUUGUAAGUACCUACAUAACUAUGACUUCAUUAUAUUACAGUAGCUGUAAGUGAUACAAUUAAUAACUAUUUCUAAUUGAAUAAUUAACACAACCAACACCAAAUCGUAUUUGUAUUAGAAGUAGGUAUAUGAUACGCAAGCUGAUAAGUAGCUUAUAUAAUAUGUAGGUUUAGACGCCGAGAUGAAUUGUUUACAAUUGUAAUAUUUAGAACUAUUAUUAUAAACUUCUUAUCAUU